ACUAAAUGUCUAAACAUCUUCCCGUUUUCCCACUUUUAAUACACUUUUUAAUCUCACAAUGUACGGAGUCCAAAGAUUCCACCUUUGCGUUUUGGACUCCUGGUAUCUCUCCACUACAAAUGGUUUUAAUGUCUGUUCGGUGAAUUCUGUUUCCUGGUUAUCAACUUUAUUAAGUAACUUUUGAUUUGAUAUAUUACUUUUAUUUCACAUAAUUGGCUGAAUUGGCUGAAUUGUGAGCUGGGGCUAGGGGCCGGGGGCCAUUUCAGGCAGAUAUGAUUACGACCGUGGUCGGCUACUAGUUGGGCGCUAGGCUAAAUGAUGAAACUUCAAACGAUUCAGGUAAAUGUAUUUUUAAUUUCUUCUGUUUGAUUGAUGUGAUAAUUCUAUGGUUCAAUUACUUCGCUUUUGAUUUAUGUAACUAAUUUGUUCUGUUACAGUAGCGGCAAAUUAUAUUGUUUGAUCUAACUUCAUAUGAUUUCAGCUCAGUGUGUUUCUUAGUUUUGAUGGCAAGUUUAAGGUAUUUUUACCAAAUGAAUGAUUUUUGUGUGGAUGAGAAACAUUCUCUCUAUUUGUAUUCCUCAGCUUGGAUAAAGGUUAUCAUCUAUAAUUAUUAGGUACAAUGGUACAAUUGAUUUUAAUUGCUAAAUGUUUGUUUUUCAACUGACGUUUCUUUCAUUUUGUGUUAUGAGAGUGGUGAAUAUAUUUGAGGGCGUUAUUACAGUGAUUGAUUAUCCUAUAAAUCUUCUAUAUUUGAGUCUUCUUAGUCAUUGCAACAUAUGUUCUAGUAUUUUUUCAGUUUGGUCACCCGUAUAUGAAGAUGUUGGAGAAAGUAGUGCUUGAUGGACUCAUUAGCUUGGCUUUGAUGCAACUAGUUCAAUGUAGCAAGUGUACUGUGUUUUCUAUCAUAUAUACUCUUAUGAUUCAUCUUUGGUUCUUCAAAUAAAGUACUUUCAGUAGUGGGGUUUAGAGAAGAGGAAGAUAGAUAAAAAGCAAAUGAUGGGGCUAAGAGAAGAGGAAGAUAGAGAGAAAACAAAUGGGGAUACUGCAAAUUUACACUUAAUGACUUCAACUUUCAACCCCAUGAAGAAAACCAUCUUUAUUUUCGUGGCUUAUGCACAUGUCAAAUGGACUUUGAGUGUGCCUUUUGACUAAACCAAAAUCAUUAGCUACACUAAAUAUAUGAGCACUUGGACCAUCUGCGUUUACUAUGUUUGUGCCUAUGGCAAAACCAAUAAUUCCUUUUGUAAUUACUUGGUGCCAAGGCAGCAACUUAGUUUGUAUUGGUUGUUGUUUACAUGUGGCUCAACGAUCAAAUUGUUCUCAAGGUAUCUACAAGUAUAUGAGGCGCAGUGUGUGGUGGAGACGUGUAGUGAUACUCAAGUGUCCUUUGUAGUUCUGCCAUUAUGUUGUAGAAGAGAAGGAGAUAAAGUGUGCACAAGUUGGAUGGAUUUAAGAUUCAAAGUCGAAGAUAAUGAAAAAAAGACGUUAAAGCUGAGAUAACAAAUACCUCAUCAAGCUUCAAAGUGAAGAAAGUCAUAGCAUUUGAGUACUAAAUGAAAGGAUUUAUGAUGUCUAGUUUUGCUUAAUGUUCCAGUAUAGUUAUAAGUGUUAUUUAGGUAGUCAUUUGUUUUAGUCAUCUAUUAUUAUAUGUAUCCGCAUGGGAAUGUUAAUUUUUUAAUUGUGUUGUUUAGUUUUGGCAUAAAGUAUAAUUUUUUAGCAUUGAAUAUAUUACUUUGUUGAUAUUUAUAU